AAGGAGGAACUUGUGAAGUUAUUGCAGCUCACAGAUGCUGUAAUAAGAAUCGAAUUGAAGAAAGAUCACAAACCGUGAAAUGUUCCUGUCUGCCAGGCAAAGUAGCUGGAACAACUAGGAACAGACCCUCUUGUGUUGAUGCUUCCAUAGUUAUUGGAAAAUGGUGGUGUGAGAUGGACCCUUGCCUGGAAGGAGAGGAAUGCAAGACCCUCCCGGAUAAUUCAGGAUGGAUGUGCGCAUCUGGCAAUAAGAUAAAGACUACCAGAAUUAAUCCAAGAGCCUAA